AACACUGAAUGCUUCAAUUGGGAUGAUGAGUUUGACCUCGAAGUGGCUGGUGUCAGUGAGCUAGCUUGUCUGCUUUAUCAAUGGAAUAGACGUAGCCGGCAUCGCCUCUGCUUUUAUGGUAACCUCCGAUUAACUGAAACAUUCGGAAAAUCUCGUACACUUCUAGCAGGCGUUGAACGGUCUCUGAACGAACCAAAAAGUUCUGAAAAAUCAGCAUAUUCUGACAACGAGACACAUGAACCGAGACAAGAAGCCUUAAUGGACCGAAUCGCUCUUCAACUAGAACCGACAGGUGUGCUUUAUUUGGAACUAGCUCAUUUACCCAUGCCAAUUGCCUAUGCUAGGCGACCAGUUUUGGGUCAGCCAGGGGCACUUUUUGGCGUUCCGCUAUCGAUAGUGCUGCAGCGCGAAGGGAAUACGGUGCCUUAUAUCUUGAGGAAGUCUAUUGAAGAGGUAAGUAGAAUAAAAAAGAUCAAAAAUUGUGUUAAUAUCCAGGCUGCAUUGAGAGAGAGAAUAUAA